UUUUCAUUAGCCGCGAUGGUGGAACUGCUGGAGGGCGAGGACGGCUGGAGCGUGUCGUUCGCGGGAUGCGGCUUCCUGGGCGUCUAUCACAUUGGCGUUGCCACCUGCCUGCAGGAGCGCGUCCCUCACAUCCUCCGCGACGCCCGGUGCAUAUAUGGGGCCUCGGCGGGGGCGCUGGCCGGUGCCGUCCUCAUCGGAGGCGGCUCUCUGGCACAAGCUUGUGCAGAUGUUUUGGGUCUCGCCAAAGAAGCCAGGAAACGAAAUCUCGGUCCUCUUCAUCCUUCCUUCAACGUGAUGAAAAUAAUAAGAGAUGGCCUCUACAAAAAUCUCCCCGAAAACAGUUACAAAUUGUUAUCAGAUAAACUUUCAAUUUCUCUAACAAGAGUGUCUGAUGGGGAAAACAUAUUAAUAUCUGAUUUUAAUUCUAAAGAAGAGGUUGUGCAGGCCCUGCUUUGUAGCUCAUUUGUACCGGUAUAUUGUGGCCUCAUUCCACCUUCAUUUAGAGGAGUGCGUUACGUGGACGGUGGAUUAAGUGACAACUUACCUCGCUGUAAUUCGAAGAACACCAUAACCGUUUCUCCUUUCUCUGGGGAAUGUGACAUUUGUCCCAAGGGGAACUCUGCAAACUUCCACCAGAUGAAUCUAACCAAUACAAGCAUUCAGCUUAGCUUAGGGAACAUGUAUCGUUUAACUCAAGCACUUUUUCCUCCAGAGCCUCAGUUGCUAGCUAAACUCUGUGAACAAGGAUAUUCAGAUGCUCUUAGAUUUUUGAAAGAAAACGGUUUUCUUCAAGAAUCAAUAUCUGCUGACUUAGCCUUAACCAAGCAGAAACAUCUGAGAUAUUCUCAAAUCUCAGGAUACAAUGAUAGAAAAAAUGCAGCAAUUAAAGACAAAAAAGAGAUGCAAGACAAAAAAAUAUUUAUUGAUCAGCUAAAGGCAACAUCCUGGCCAUUGGAUGGGACUAUCUUUGAGAAGCUGCCUCCUAGACUACAUAAAGCAUUAGAAGAGGCUUGUAAAGAAAAAAGUGGACUCUAUGCUCAACUUUCAAAAUUUCUCCCAAUGAGACUAAUGUCCUAUAUGAUGCUACCAUACACUUUACCGGUAGAGUCUGCCUUCUUUGUGGUUGUAAGAUUAGUCCAGUGGUUUCCUGACAUCCCUGAGGAUGUGCAAUGGAUGCAGGGGCAGCUUUCCCAAAUGUUGGGUUCAGUCUAUGGCCGAGCAAUGAAAGGGCUCCUGAAGACCCCAAGCAAAAUAAGUGAAAUCCUGCUCAGAAGAUGCCAGACGGCCCCAGGGAAGCCUUGCCUUCAUCUGUCCUACCCACCUCCUAAAGUCUCUCGCUCUUCCCCCAAUCUUGAAGAAUGGCUCUGGAGUCUCCCCUAUCACGAAGACUUGAUGAAGGGGAAGGGUGCCUGUAGUAAUUCCGACAUCUCUGGUUCCGUCACUUCCUUUUUCAUGGACACCGAAACAUCCAGAGUGUCCACGGAUAUUGACUCAUCCUCCGAGAAAAGUUUUUAUUCUGUCUCUGAAGAUUAGCUAGUGGGGGGGCUACAACAUUAGGCAGGGAAAUUUACAUCUUUGAGGUAUGUGUUCUUCUAGCACUUUGCCAAACAAUAUUUAGGAUAACUGCUUCUCAACCUGAGCAACUUUGAGGUGCUAAGUUGAAGUAGACUUUCAACUCAACACACUACUACAUCUGAAUUCUGGGAGUUGAAGCCCACCCCACCUGAACGUUGCUGAGGUUGGGAAACACUAGGAAGUCUUUGUUUACAACUCUGUUGCCUUUGAGGCAUCUUUUAUGACGACUAGGCUUCUUGUCUGGUUUCUUGAUAGUGGACAAAGGAUUGAGAAAGCUGAAGCGCAGUAGAGCAUUUUUGUACCCAAAGAAACAAACAAAAAUUCAGCAGGAAGACAAUCUGCAACUCCUCUGUUGAUGGUUUGAUAUUGGGAUAAGCAUUUGUAGGACAUUAACUUUUUUGGUUGUUGUUAAAAAAAAAUUACAGUAAGAUCUGUAACUCUUAUGUGACUUUUUGAGAAGUUUUUUUUUCCACACUUGUGUGGAAUUACACAUCUCCUGCUUAAAGAGAUAGAGAAUCCAUGAUCUUUGAGGAGUUCCUUUUGUUAACUUGACGCAUCUGGCAGAGGAGUCUCAUUCAAAAUGAAGAAAACACCCUGCCUAUCACAGGUAGGCAGAUUGGGAGCAGAGAGGAACGAUGUUCGAUACGCUUAUUUUUUAAACAGGAGAAACUAUUUUUUCAUUAAAAAUGUGUUGUUUAUAUUGUUAAUGUUAUCGGAGACGUUGGAAACAGAAGGUGUCAGGGAAUUUCUGGAGGUCCCAAUUUCUCCUCUUUUUAUUGGACUUUUCCUGAAAUUAAUCUCCAGGAGCACCAGCUGGGAUGGAGUGAGUCUCAUGUCACUUCUUCUUUUUUUUAUUUGAAACUGCUUGACUGCCACAAGAAAAGCAAAGGAUUUUCUAAUCCUUGGGGCUCACUCCAAAAUGCCUUCCAUCUGCUAUUUUUUUUUCCUUGAAGUUCACUGAAGACACCACUCUAAGCUGGAAGCCCUCCAAAAGUGUAGACUUCAUUUCCCAGAAUUCCCAAGCAGCAUGAACCAUAAAAAAAAAUAAUUCAUUGGUGGAAGAGAGAUGCAGGGUUUUAAAAUUGUAUUAGUGAGCUUGAGAGCUGAUUGUCACUAACGAAUAUACUGUCCCGUUUCCUUAACGGGAGAAAAACUAUAAUGUGAUUUGGAAUUUGUGGAAAGUUUUUCCCAUGCUCUUCACUGUAACUUGAUUUACCUCAGAGCAAAAAAUGAGCAAAGGCAUUCAGAACAGAAAACUCAUACGAUACCCUCUUUUCUUCCUUUUAAAUUUAAAUUAUAAAUAAAUUCCAUAUAUUAUUCAGUCCAGGCUUUAUGAACACACAUAAAACUUAAGCUUUAAUUUGCAAUAAUAAUAGGAAGAGACAAUAAUGUGACAUCAUAAGUCAGCCAUAUUUCAAAUGGAUUCAACAAUUUCUGUGGAAUACAGUACUGGAUAUUUUGUGUGUCAAUAUUUGCUGCAUAAAGUGACAGGAAUUCUUGCACAUGAUGCACAAAUAUUGAAGUUGUAUUUUGGAAAAUCAGACUUUUGCUAUGAGCAACUUACCAGCUUUACACUUUGGCACUGUGAUGGGUUAAAGUAUUUGUAAUGGCAGUUCUUUAUUAGAAUAUUUUCUUGUGAGGUAUUAUAAAUUUUCCAAUCAAAGGGUUAGGGAUAAGUUGGAAACUUGUUACAAAUUAAGUGGAGAAUAAUAUCCCCAUAAGAAUCCAACCAGCUGCUUUUAUUUAUUUCAAAUUAAUUGUCAACUUUUUAGCAGGUUUUGUUUUGACAAAAAAAAUCUGUUAAGAGUUUUUCCUUUUAGGAAUUUUAAAGAAAAUCUAAAAAAUGCUGAGUGGAGAGGAGGGGAAUGAAAUGUAGUUAAAACAGUUUUUUUCACAGUGUUAAAGGUUUAAUAGCAUGGACAGAGACUUAUUUAUACUCUUUUGGUGCUAUUUUCAGCCAGUGCCUAGGUACUGUUUUGUGUGACGUCUGGUCAUACUUAUUUUCCUAAACUUUUUUGUGUUUCCAAAAUGAACUAUUUGUAAUAUUUCUGCAAUCAGCAGUGUUUUUAAAGAAGAAUAAAGAGACAUUGUGUUUGGUGAUCACAGUAUUUUGUUCAUUAUCACAAGUCAAAUGCUUAAUUGUUGGAUAAAACAGAUUUAUGAUGUGAUCUAUGAAUAUACUGCAUUUCUAUACCAUUUUAAUUGUUCAUAAUUGUGCAAGUUGACAUUUGAAUUAUCGCCCAAAGCA